AUGGUUUCAUCAUCCUCUAAAAGUGCUCAGAACGGUGGAGAUGGCAAAGAGCGUGAGUGUGAAGAUGAAGUAUGUCAAACUCCUGAGUUCUGUGGGAAAAGGAAGCAAACAGAUACACCUUGUGGAGAAAGUUCUCAGCCAAAUAAGAUGAAAAAGAUUGUUGUGCCAAGGUCUGGUGAACCUCCAACCUUCAGAAGCAUCUGCAAAUCUGCAGAAGAGUACCAGUCCUACUUGAUCAGUAAUGGAAAAGAUCAAACUGUCAUCAAUGACGAAGGCAGUGUUAAGACAUCAAACGUGCCUGAGCCGCUUUUCAGAGAAACCACGAAUGAGCUACUCGUGUUAGCUGAAUUGCCUCUUUCUUUCAUAGAAAGUACAUGCUGGAAACACUUCUGCAAUAAGGUUAAUUUUUACAAACCCCACUCAAGAAGAACCGCUACUAGGGACAUUGUGGAGAUGUUUGUGAAGAAGAAAGAGGCCCUGAAAAGAUGGUUGUACACCAAUAAUCAGAGAGUUUCUCUUACCACUGAUAUUUGGGUAUCUCAAGUAACAGGUGCAAGUUACAUGGUUGUAACUGCACAUUUUGUUGACCCAACUUGGCAGCUGAAGAAACUCAUUCUAGGAUUCAAAUUCGUUAAUCAUAAAGGUCAGACCAUUUCUAAUGUUCUUCUAGAGUGUCUAGCUGAUUGGGGAAUUCAGAAAUUGUUUUCUAUCACACUAGACAAUGCCACUGCUAAUACCUCAGCUAUUAAGAAAUUACAUAGGGAGUUCGAUUUAGUCUCGCCUGAUGUUUUCGUAUUAGAUGGAAACUUUCUUCAUAUGAGGUGUUGUGCACACAUUAUCAACUUGAUAGCUAAGGAGGGUCUAUGGGAUUUAGGCGAAAAUGUGAUGGCUAUCCGUAAUACAGUCCAAUAUGUCUGGUCUUCUACCAAUAGGCUAAAUGCAUUUGAUCAAAGGGUUACUACUGGGAAGAUGACCCGAGGAAGUCUGCCUAUGGAUGUUAAGACUAGGUGGAACUCAACUUUUCUCAUGUUGUCUAGAGCAUUACAGUUUAGAGUAGCUUUUGAUAAAAUGGAAGAUGAGGAUAGACUGUACAAUGACUACUUCUUAGAAGUAGAAAAUGGGGCUAAGAGGUGUGGACCGCCUGCUAUUAGUGAUUGGAACGCUGUGGAAAAGCUAAAGCGGUUCCUAAUCAUAUUUUAUAAUAGUACCUUGGUCGUCUCUGCUUCCUCGAAAGUGAAUUCCUACAAAUGCUAUGGUGAGAUUGUCACCAUUGAGAGGAAUUUCACCACAUUGGCCAACAACUUGGACCCAGACUUGAAGUUGAAGGCUGAAGAUAUGAUGUGCAAGUUUUUGAAGUAUUGGGAUGACAUCAAAAACGUGAAUAGGAUGUUAAUUAUUGAGAUAAUAAUUGAUCCGAGGAAGAAGAUGACGUAUGCAAACUUUUGCUUUGAGCAACUUUAUGGAGAGGAUAGUUUGGAGUCCAAAGAAAUGGGUGAAUCUGUGCUUGAUCUCCUUAGAAGCAUGUUUUAA